AUGGAUAUCUGUCGACCCGACAAUCUCAGCCCUCCAGCAACACCCCCGACCUUCAUUGCUGGUGUAAGAACAUCAGACGAUCAACCAUCGUCCAAAGCAGAGUCAUCCCGUCAACAUGGUCUUUUACAUCCAACAGCCAACCCAAGCGAUCUAGACGACGAGGAGGAUAGUCAUCGAGCGUAUCUAUCGUCGAUAUUCAAUGAUGAACAACUCGAAUGUAUUCGACAUAUCAAGACAUCUUUUCAGCAACUGACUCCUCAGCAAAAACAGUUUUUAUUAUAUGAGAUCAUCAAUUGUUGUGAUAGUUCUCAGCUUACAUACCUCAACAGCCUUAUUGCACCUCGACUCAAGAUCGACUUUUUGAAGGAGCUUCCCAUCGAGAUAUCCUUGCACGUAUUAUCAUUCAUUGAUGAUCCAAAGACAUUGGCAAGAGCAUCAUGUGUAUCCACUUUUUGGAAUUCUUUGCUCAAGGAUGAAGCGACAUGGAAAUCAUUGUGCAUGAAACACCAAUACCGACGGCGCAAUUCAAGCAUAUGCGGCGGAGAACUAUUGAAUCCACCAACACAACGACUCAACUUUUCUUAUCGAGAGUACUUUAAGCGCAAAUACAACAUUGCUGCUGCAUGGGAACAUGGCGGUCAUGUCAAGGUGAUCGAUGAUGGCUUUGGUGAUGUCCUUGCAACUUCCUUGCAAUUCGAUGAAAAGUAUAUUGUCGUCGGCUGUGAAAACUUUCGAAUCGAGGUCUUUGAUACACAAACUGCUCGCAAAGUCCGAACACUGAUGGGUCACGAGGGCGGCGUAUGGGCAUUACAAUUCAAAGGUGGCAGUAAACAUGAUCCCAAUCGUGUGCUUGUGUCCGGUGGAUGCGAUCGUGAUGUACGUGUAUGGGACUUGGAAACGGGUCAAUUACGGCAUAUUCUUCGUGGGCACACAUCCACUGUACGAUGUCUCAAGAUGAAAGAUAAGCGUAUCACAGUAACAGGAUCCCGGGAUGCAACAAUGCGAGUAUGGGAUAUUGAACGAGGAGUACAACUACAUCUUUUGCAAGGACACCAAAACAGCGUUCGAUGUCUUGAUAUCAGCGGUGAUAUGGUGGCAUCGGGUUCCUAUGAUACGACGGCACGCUUAUGGGACUUGAGAACAGGUCGUUGCUUACAUGUACUUGUCGGCCACUAUUCACAAAUCUACGCGAUUGCCUUUGAUGGGCAAAAGGUUGUCACUGGUUCCCUUGAUUCAAAUAUCCGAGUAUGGUCACCAGAGACUGGUCAAUGUCUUGCCACGCUUAAUGGACACACCUCCCUUGUUGGUCAGCUACAAUUGAAUGGCAACAUGCUUAUCAGCGGUGGAUCAGAUGGCUGUUUACGUGUUUGGGAUCUUAAGCAUUAUGAAUGUGUACAACGUAUAUCGGCACACGACAAUUCUGUAACGUGUUUACAAUUCGAUGAUCGUCGCAUGGUCAGCGCUGGCAAUGAUGGACGAGUCAAACUUUGGGAUAUUCGACAAGGACGCUUUGUACGCAACAUUAGUCAUCCUGCAAAGACUGUAUGGAAGGUUCAAUUCAGUGAUACCAAGGCUGUGGUUUUGAUGCAACGUGCUUUAGCCAACAAUCCUGCACGUAACAAGACUGUUAUGGAGGUACAUGACUUUAAUGUCCAUGACAACGAUCAAGAACAAGUUUUUGAAGACGCUUCCUUUUCGAUGGAUGAAGACAACUAA